ACAACGGAUUCCAGGAAGAUAAGAAGAGAUGCAAAUACAGGAAAACGAAUCUGAAAAGAAGCAGCAAGUGGCAACAAGAACAAAAAGAUUUGCAAUAAAGUAUGAGCAGACAAACACGACAAGAAAUCGUACAGGCGACAGAGGGGGGGAGGGAGAAAACGGUUGGAAGUAUGGCCCGUAGUAGUAAGAAUAGCUAUGGUGGAGGGAAAAUAGGAGAGCGGGUGGGAGGGGAAAAGAAAGAAGAGGGAAGGAGGUCUGGACAAGCGGAGAGACAGGAAUGUCACUGCAAAUUAAGUCCGACGGCAUGCAGCCUCGACAGUAAUCAUUGGAGGUCUGGACAGGCAGGUCGAUUGGCAGCCAAGUCGCAGGACCGAAUGAUGGAUCAAAUGGGGAAGCGCAGUAGUGAAGGUGGAUGGAUGGAGGUGAGGCUGGCCCUGGAGGUCCAGCAUAGCCGACAGGGAGGUAUUCCAGACGUACCUAGCAAUGGAUCUAAUAAUAAUAUUCAAGGACGAACACGCAAUGCGAAAUAAAAAAAAAAUUUAACAAGUGACGCGAUGACGGAGAGGCGAAAGAGGGAGAGAUGUAGAAGAGAAAGUGCAAAGCACGAUCCCAACGGAUUUCUCAGAUGUAGUUCAGUAGUAAUAAUACUGGUCGGUCCGGGCGAGGUUGCAACGUUUCUGUGAUACAAGAGGCAGACAGACAGACACAGACAGCUGCUGCUGCGGGUCUCAGGCGGUUCUCCU